AAGAAAACAAAAACACUCAGCAUAUAAGCUUACAUGGGCACUACAGCAGCUUCCCAUUUCACUGCUGCCUCUCUCUCUCUCACAACCAAAGCUGUGUGCCUUCAAAAACCCGGACUGCACCUUUAAUGUCCUGUCGAGGUUUGUCCAAUUAGUGAGUAGGUGGAGCACGCAGGAGCAAACCUACCGGAAAAGAAAACACAGACGCUUUCCUCCACCUAACCUGAGCUGACACACGCAGGUCAAAGCUGCUGGUUCUUCGCCUGGAGUUUUUCCAGCCACGGAAAAAGUCAAACGGAGACGGAAAGUCGAAGCGGAUGGUGCUGGAGGAACUUUCCCACAUGAUUGAGGUGUCGAUACCGUCGCUGGAGAGGGAGGUGGACGAGUCUGGAAAGACGAAGAAGCUUUUCAGAGUUGAAGUCUUGUUUAACGAGAGGAAACAUUAUGUCCUCAGAAGAAACAGUGAAUUCCAGACGCUCCACAGGAAGCUUAAGAAGAUCAUCCAGACUCCGGAUUUUCCGAGCAAAAGGAACGCCCAUCUGAGGACCAAACCUCUGGAGCAGAGGCGGCAGGAGCUGGAAGAUUACAUCCAGGACAUUAUCUACCUAAAUGAAGACGUGCCUCAGGAGCUGCUGGACUUCCUCCACGUGAAGCACUUCCACACGGGGAACAAGAUCAGCAGCGUCGAGUCACUGGAUGAACUGGACAGUAGGGAAUACAAGUAAGUUUUUACUUUAAGAACAAUCAGACAAAAAGGGAGAAAAAGGUAAAUGACGAUCACUUUAAAUAGUUUAUCAGUUAACACACACAACAUUUAAACAUGGUCACUCAGCUGAAAUGUUUCUGCUUCUUGACCCGAAUAGAGAGAAAAAAGCUCCAAAAUGCAAAAACGAGAUCUAUGAAGCAUUAAUAUCAGUUUGAGUCUAUGAUGUGUAAAAAAACUCAGACUUUGAAAUUUCAAGAAAUUUCAUUGAUUCUUUCUAGAACUGUCACUGUAACAAAUUGUACCAGAAGUUAUUGUGAUAAACUAUAAUAUCGUUGCUUUGAGAUGGUUUUUAGGUAAUAUAAUGGUAAAUAACAUAUUCUCAAAGAUCAAUUAACUUAAAAUUAUAACAAACAUUUAACACUGGAA